AUGAAUCGUUCUCUUUUUCUCCGCAUUCAAUCUAAAGUAGAAGCUUAUGAACCAUAUUUUGUUCAUAAAAGAAAUGGUGUUGGAGUGCUCGAUUUGUCUGCUCUUCAAAAAAUAACUACGGCUCUUAGAAUGCUUGCUUAUGGAGUAGCACCUUAUUUUAUGGAUGAAUACUUGAGGAUUGGAGAAAGUAUUGCAAUGAAAAACCUAAAGAAAUUUGUCAAAGCAGUGGUUGCAAUUUUUUCUGAUGAGUAUUUGAGGUUACCAAACAACGACGACAUUGCUAGACUUCUAGCUGUUGGUGAAAGUCGCGGUUUUCUUGGGAUGUUAGGGAGCAUUGAUUGUAUGCACUGGACUUGGAAGAAUUGCUCAACUGCAUGGAAAGGUAUGCAUACUGGCCAUGCACAUGAGUUAACAAUUAUUUUGGAAGCAGUAGCAUCAUAUGAUCUUUGGAUAUGGCAUGCAUUUUUUGGAUUACUUGGGUCUAAUAAUGAUAUCAAUGUUUUAGAAUGGUCUUUCAUAUUUACCGAGCUUGCUCAAGGGCGUGCUCCUCGACUUAAUUACACCAUUAAUGGAAAUGAAUAUACCAUGGGAUACUACCUUGCUGAUGAUAUAUAUCCACAAUGGGCAACUUUUGUUAAAAUAAUUCCUCGUCCACAAGGAAAAAAGAAUAAACAUUUUGCUGAGGCCCAAGAGGUGUAUGGAAAGGAUGUAGAACGUGCAUUUGGAGUGCUUCAAGCACGCUUUGCAAUUGUGUGUGGACCUACACAACCAUGGGAUCUUCAGACUCUUAAAGAUAUUAUGAAGGCUUGUAUAAUACUACACAACAUGAUCACUGAGGAUGAAAGAGAUGACGGAGGAGAGGAAAACAUUGAUUAUGAACAAAUCGAUAAAAUCCCUCAUGCACAAGUGUCACUUGAACGUACACCUAAUACCAUGGAAUUUAUUCAACAACAUCGUCGCAUAAGAGAUAGAAAAACUCAUUCUCGACUCCAAUCGGAUUUGGUUAAGCACUUGUGGCAAAUCUAUAGCCAAUCUUAG